GGUCUGGACAGGCAGAGGGUGCCAGCGGGGCCAGGCGGAGCUCCGGGUCCAGCCGGCAUCACCGCUCGCCGGUGCCGAGCGGCCGGGAGCAGGACCAUGUGGCUGCCCCCAGCUCUGCUCCUGCUCAGCCUCCCAGGCUGUUUCUCCAUCCAAGGCCCCAAGGUGACGAGAGGCCUGGAGGGGGGCUCGCUGACCGUGGAGUGUCGCUACACGCCAGGGUGGGAGACAAACAGGAAGUGGUGGUGCCGGGGAGCGAACUGGCGUGAUUGCCGGGUCCUCAUUCAGACCACGCCAGGGCAGCACACAGUGCAGGGACCCCGGCUGUCCAUCAGCGACAACCAGAGGGACCGCGUGAUCUCGGUGACCAUGUGGGACCUCCGGCCCGACGACCAGGACACCUACUGGUGUGGGAUCAAGAGGCUCGGCACAGACCGCGGGGCACCCGUUCGAGUGAUCGUUGUUGGCUCAGAAAACCUAUCAUCCUGGACAACCGCCAACAGCUCAGGGGUGUCCUCUGGCUCCCGCAUCCGAAACUACUACCUGCUGCUGGUGUUCGUGAAGGUGCCCCUCUUACUGGGCGUGGUCGGCGCCAUCCUCUGGCUGAAGGGGCCCCCGAGGGCCCCCGAGGAGCAACGGGAGCUGCCCAUCCAAACCAACCUGUCCUACGACCUGGCCGGAGACGCCGCGCCUUAGACGGACGGACGGACGGAGGAGAGACACUUGGGCGCUGGCCCCCGUCUCCAGGGGAGACCUGGGCUGGGAGGCACGCUGCUGCGAGGAUCCCAAGCCCCUGCUCGGCACAGCCCAGGACACAGGUGGAUUCCCUCCUGACUGGUCAGCGCUGCCGGAGGGGCACACUGCUCCCACUUCUCCGGGUGGAAAACAGCCCGGCCCGGCCAGGCCCGGCCCAGCUGGGUCCGGCUGAGGGCCAGCAGCUGUGGGAUGGAGCCCGCGCUGGGAGAGGCGUGUCCUCACUGGAGGACCUCGGCAUGGAGCUGGGGAGCGAAGAGCAGAGAGAAGCGCCAGGAAUGUGCCCAAAGGAGAGACAGGACCAGUCCCCGGUUCCGGCGGGUCCUGAGGCCAGCUCCGCACCGCGUGCCUGCGCUUCUGGAAUAAGAC